AGUAUUCGUGUUGGAAAACUGUACCACGCUAGUAAAAUGCUGCCUAUUAGUCACACGUUUAUUCAAGUCAAUGGAGUCAACAAGAUCUUCAUCGAAAGUGUAGAACCAUCUGGAAAGGAUGGAGCGGUAGCAGCGACGCCGGGGGAAAACACCAAGCCAGAGGUGUCGACACAUUGCGUGGUUGGAGGGGCACACGCCUUCAUUCUUAGGAUAUCCAGUUUCUUCGGUCUGGCGCCGCUAAAGUUCGAAACGCAGUCCAACGGCUUCACAGUCACUAUAUCUAGCGCUAUGUGCAUAUAUAGUUACAUUUUAGUCACCAUUUUAGUAAUUUGCACGAUUUUCGGGCUCGCGACGGAAAUCAACGUUGGGGUCGAGCUGUCUGUGCGGAUGUCAUCACGAAUGUCGCAGGUCGUAUCGACGUGUGACGUCUUAGUGGUGGUGAUCACAGCGGGCGCCGGCGUAUACGGUGCUCCAAGGCGGAUGAGGGAAAUGCUCAAGUUUAUGGACAACGUUGCGUCGGUGGACACCAGUAUAGGAGCCCAGUAUUCCCUCACCAAUGAGCGCAAACUCUGCGCGAUUCUGCUGGCGAUACUCAUCUUCUUUACCGUGCUUAUUGCUGAUGACUUCUGCUUUUAUGUUCUGCAGGCUAAGAGGGUUAACAGAGAAUGGGACAUAGUGACGAACUACAUAGCGUUCUACCUUCUGUGGUACGUGGUGAUGGUGUUGGAGCUACAGUUCGCGUUCACCGCGCUGUCCGUGCGCACGCGGUUCCGCGCAGUCAACGACGCCAUCGCGCUCACGGCGAGGCAUGUCGCGAUACCAUUGGAAAAGCUGGAGCAGCCAACAGCCAUUAACAUGUUUGCGAUUCGUGUUGCUCCGGCCGAACCGCGCCGUUCAGCCAGCAACGUCAGCUUACUGGUCGACUCACUGCCUGGCGUGCCGUCUGACCACCCUGUCAUCAUUAGGAAGAACGUGAACGGCGAGCCCCGCCUAAUCGUUCCACCUUGCGAGGCCAUCCGACGGCUAGCAGCUCUCCACGGAUCUUUAUGUGAAGUAGUGCAGCGGAUUGAUAGGAGCUAUGGACUUCCUCUCAUAGUUAUAUUGCUUUCGACCCUGCUGCAUCUUAUUGUCACACCGUACUUCCUUAUCAUGGAAAUCAUUGUAUCCACGAAUCGAAUCCACUUCUUGGUGCUCCAGUUUUUGUGGUGCGCCACACACAUGCUGCGAAUGUUCGUCGUCGUCGAGCCUUGCCACUACACCAUUACUGAGGGAAAAAGAACUGAGCAGCUAGUCUGCCAGCUGAUGACGUACGCGCCGUCAGGCGGCGCACUUCCAUCACGCCUGGAGCUGUUCUCUCGGCAGCUAAUGCUGCGGUCUGUCACCUAUUCUCCCCUGGGGAUGGCUACGCUGGAUCGACCGCUGGUGGCUUCUGUAAUCGGCGCAGUUACAACGUAUUUGGUCAUUUUAAUACAGUUCCAAAGAUACGACAGUUAAAAUUAACUAAGAUAUAUCAGAUAUACUAAAUAUGUAGGUAAAGACAUCGCAUCGUAGCUGUGUGAGAAGCAACAAGC